AUGCCGAAAUCGCGAGAUAGUCCAAAGUCUCGGCCCAGUCCGACGAGCCCGCGCGUUGAACGACUUGACGCCAUGGGUCACGUCAACUUGCAGAUUUUGAGUUCCGGGAUGGCAGACAUUGACGUUGAUCGCUACCAGGGGCCUCUGAGAGAGGCGACGCCAAAUGGCCACGUCGGAUUCGACUCCCUCCCCGACCAGGUCGUCAACAAAGCCACCAACAAUGGAUUCUGCUUCAAUAUUCUUUGCAUCGGAGAGACAGGAAUCGGUAAAUCGACGCUUAUGAAUACUUUGUUCAACACUUCCUUCGACGACGAUCCACGACCACACGAUCUUCCCGGCGUCCGACUGCGCGCCAACUCUUACGAGCUUCAGGAAACAAACGUCCGUCUGAAGCUGACAAUCGUUGACACUGUAGGUUUUGGCGAUCAAGUGAACAAAGAGAACUCUUACAGGCCGAUCGUUGAUUACAUCGACCAACAGUUCGAGGCCUACCUCCAGGAAGAGCUCAAGGUCAAGCGAAACCUCCACGACUACAAUGACAGUCGAAUCCACGCCUGUCUCUACUUUAUCGCUCCUACUGGUCACUCGCUCAAAUCGCUCGAUCUUGUCACAAUGAAAGAACUCGUCGAAAAAGUAAACAUCAUCCCCGUCAUCGCCAAGUCGGACACCAUCUCAAAAGAAGAGCUCCAACAAUUCAAGUUCAAGAUCAUGUCUGAGUUGCUGAGCGCGGGAAUCCAGACUUAUCAGUUCCCCACAGAAGAGCGUAAUCCAGGGCACUGGAUGUUUAUUGACGACCAGUCAGUUUCUGCGCUAAACGCGAAAAUGAACAGUCUCUUGCCCUUCGCCGUGGUUGGAUCUAUGGACGAAAUCAAAGUCGGAAACAGAAUGGUCCGCGCAAGACAGUAUCCUUGGGGCACAGUGCAGGUUGAAAACGACGCCCACUGCGACUUCGUGCACCUCCGAGAAAUGAUCUUGAGAACGAACUUGGAAGAUCUUCGCUCUACUACUCACACUAAGCACUACGAGCUGCACAGACGCAACAAACUGCGAGAAAUGGGCUUCAACGACGAUGCUCAGUCGAACAAUUUCAACCUCCAAGCAGGGCUGCCCAAUCGGACAAGAAAUCUUGCCCUGCUCCAAGAAGUCUACGAAAACAAGCGAGUCGAACACCAGCGCAACAUGCAAGACAAAGAAGACGAAAUGAGACAGACAUUCGUGGCGCGAGUGAAAGAAAAGGAAAACGAGCUGAAGGAGGCGGAGCAGCAGCUGCACGAGAAGUUCGAGACUCUUCGAAAACGACACACGGACGACAAGCGGCGGCUGGAAGAGCGACGCCAGGCGCUGGAAGACGAAAUGAGCGCCUUCAUCCAGCGCAAAAACGCCGUCGAAAUGCAGCAAAGCCAAAACAAGAACAAAGCGCUCAAGAAAGAGCGCAACUAG